AUGGAUUCCCAGCUUAGCAAUCCGUCCGAACUCAUCCGAGCUCACACUUCAUUUUCCCCGAAAACCACCAUUAUGAGCCUUAUCCAACCCCAGCUUGACGCCUCCCGCGAGAAACUCUUCACAACAUAUCCCGAUGAAUUCAAGAUCCCAAUUGGAGCCGUUCUAUCAGAUCUCUCCAAAUUCGAUCGUUCCACUGCUAUCAAGGUCGGCGACAAGCUUCCCAAAUUCAACCUCCCAGAUGCCGUAGAGAAGGAGCAAUCCAGCGCCGAGCUCCUCUCACGCGGUCCUCUCGUGAUAGCCUUUUACCGCGGGGAAUGGUGUCCGGCCUGCAAUAUCGCUAUAAGUGGCCUGCAGAGGCAUCUUGCCGAAUUUACUGCCAAAGGCGUCACUCUCGUCGGCAUCACGCCCCAGAAGCCAAGCGGUCUCCUCACGAUGACCGAGAAGCACAAUCUCGGAUUUCCGGUCCUCUCGGAUCUCCAUAAUGAAUAUGCGCGCAAGCUGGGCAUCGUUUGGAAGCACCCGGAUGCUAUAGGUCCUCUGGUCGAGCAGAUCAACGGCAUGAAGUUUGCGGAGGUUAACGGCGACGAUUCGAACGAGGUCCCGUUUCCGGCUACGCUGCUGGUCGAUCAGAGCGGGACGGUUCGCAAUAUAUUCCUUGAACCGGACUGGACUAGGCGUGUUGAGCCUACGACUGUGUUAGAGUGGAUCAACGCGUUGUGA